AUGCAGCCUGCCUCAGUUCUGGCUGAAAGGGAGAAUUACCUGUGUCAAAUGGAGAAAAAAUAUCCAGCAAUUGCAGGAAGGGAAAAAGGGCCAGGUCCUGGUCGCUAUGGGCUUCCUCCAACCAUUGGAUUUAUUGGUCACGACUUCACCAAGCCAACAAGCCCUGCCUAUUCUUUCCAUGGCAGGAUAAGUGACAAUAUGUAUUGUGUUGACUCCAGUCCAGGGCCUCAGUACCAUGUUGAUGCAAAAAUCACUCGCUUUGGAAAGGAUGGCACACCUGCAUACUCAAUGUUGGGCAGAAUGAAAGCACAGAAGGAGCUAUUCCAAACACCUGGACCAGGUGCAUACAGCCCUGAGAAAGCCCCACCAUGCAACCUACAGCGCAGACCUCCAUCCUACACAAUGGGCUCUCGCACACACUACCGCAGCACUGACUCCGUACCGGCUCCUAACAAGUACUGUCUCCCUCCACUCAUGGGCCCUCAAGUCCCAAACAAGCCAGCCAGUGCAAGCUACACAAUAUCAGGUAGUUACAGCACAGGUGGACCAUCUGUGGAUUUAGCCAAGACACCUGGGCCUUGCAGGUACAACAGUACAGACCCAGGUACAUAUUUACGCCGACAACCUGCAUUUUCAAUGCUGGGACGACACAGCUUACCCAGAGAUGCCACCAAGAAACCUGGCCCUGGAACGUACAAUCCAGAGAAAGUGACAGUUGACAAGGCCCGGGCCCCUGCCUUCUCUCUGGGCAUCAGACACUCAGAAUUUGUCACCCCACUAGUUGUCAAUGUUUCUGACUAA